AUGAACGAAGUGGGCUACGCGGCCCUUCCGCCACCCGAGCCCGACUUCUGGAUUUACUCCGCCAGCUACCUGCGAAACGCGUGGGUCCAGUGGGCCAUCGUCUUCGUCCCGUUCCUUAUGUUCGCCCUUUACCUCAAGCUGACCAUGCCGACACUGCCAACCGGUGAAAAGGAACACCCCAGGGAAGAAGCCAAUUUUAGCUCCGCCAGAGGAGACAUAAAAAGGGACAAUCUAUAG